AUGAGUGGGUAUCAUCAGCAACAGCAAUAUCAACAUCAGCAGCAGCAUCAGCAACAGCAGCAUCAUCAUCAGCAGCAGCAUCAGCAGCAUCAACAACAUAUACAACAACAACAUCAUCAUAUACAACAGCAACAGCAUUAUCCUAUGCAACAACAGCAGCAGCAACAUCAUUUACAAAUGCAACAACAACAACAACAGCAUCAACAAAUGCAACAACAGCAACAGCAACAACAACAUUCACACCAUUCUCAUCAUCCAAUUGUUCUUACAUCUACAUCUAGAGUUGAUGUAAGUGAAAAGUAUACAUUUAGUUAUGAAGUGGGUUCGGGUACCUAUGGUAUGGUGUAUAAAGCAGACGAUAAGAAAAGACACAACAUGAGAGUUGCAAUCAAGAAAUUCAGAAGUACAAAAGAAGGUGAAGGUUUAUCACUGACUGCAUGUCGUGAAAUUGGUUUAUUAAAAGAAUUAUCACAUGAAAAUAUAAUUAAAUUACAAGAUAUAUGUUUGAAUCCAAAAGAUAAAUCAUUGAAUCUAGUUUUCGAUUAUGCAGAGUUUGAUUUGUUUGGUAUUAUCAAAUUCCAUAGAGAUCAUCCAUCGACGCCUUGUCCAGACCACACCAUUAAAUCGUUGGUCUGGCAAAUUCUCAAUGGCAUUCACUAUUUACACAGCAAUUGGGUGAUUCACCGUGAUUUGAAACCAUCGAAUAUCUUGGUCAUGGGUGAAGGCAAAGAGUAUGGCACCGUGAAGAUCGGUGAUUUCGGUCUGGCGCGUAUCUUUCAAUCGCCACUCAGACCGCUACACGAAAACGGUGUAGUCGUAACCAUUUGGUAUAGAUCUCCAGAGCUGUUACUUGGUUCAAAACAUUAUACUAGUGCAGUUGAUAUUUGGGCAAUUGGAUGUAUUUUCGCAGAGUUAAUAACAACUAAACCUUUGUUUCCUGGACGUGAGAAGGAUCCAAAGAUACCAUCGUUGUUUCAAGAUGACCAGGUCGAGAAGAUUAUGAGAGUACUGGGUAAGCCGACACUCGAGAUGUGGCCAGACGCCAAGCAUCUACCAGAGUGGAAAAAGAUUGCCAACUGUGAGCCAUACACCAAUACAUUGGCAAAGUGUUUAGGAAUUGAAGAAUCUAGUUUAGCAUUUGAUUUAUUGAUGAAAAUGAUACAAUACGAUCCAUCAAAGAGAAUCUCUGCACAGGAAGCAUUGGAUCAUCCUUAUUUUAAAGAAGCACCAAUACCAAGUGCCAAUUCAUUUGGUAGCAGUGUUGGAAAGAUAUUAUACCCAACAAGACAACAACAAAAGAAAAAGAAAGAUUCAGAUGAAUAA